AUGGCAUACUUUACUCAAACGGAAGUCUCCAAAUGGUGUUGCAAUGAAGUUUUCCAAUUUUACCAAAAGAAUUAUCCGUACUAUGAUCUAAAACAAAUUCUGGACGCUAUAAAGAAAGAUCUUAAGAAAUUUAUAGAUUCCUCUCCCAAUCAAGAGCAAAAAGAGCAGGCACAGUGGAUAAUUGAUAACUAUAAGGUUGUAUUAAUUUUAUUACGUAUUGGGAGGGAUAAAGCCGUGAGGCUAAAGAGGGCAAAAAGGCAAGAUAUGGCCAAGCUGGAACACUCUUCGUCGCCCAGUGAUGAACUCUUCGUUCGUGCCAAUCUUAGCUGCCUUUGGCGUAAAGCUGGAACACUCUUCGUCGCCCAGUGA